AGGCAGCUGGCCGAGGGAGCCCAGAGGAAGCUGGAAUCCAGCCCCUGUUCUCAAUUCUGCCUGGAGAAAGGGGCACCUCUCGGGGUCCCACAAGUGCCGUGCGGACUGACGGCUCUCCUGACGGCUUCCCUUCCGCAGCUUUGCCUUCCCAGAACUCUGCCCUGCCCCAAAAGGAAAAGGAGAGAAAUGACCAAAUUCCAGGAGGCAGUGACGUUCAAGGACGUGGCCGUGGUCUUCACGGAGGAGGAGCUGGGGCUGCUGGACCCCGCCCAGAGGGAGCUGUACCGAGACGUGAUGCUGGAGAACUUCCGGAACCUGGUCUCUCUGGGGCAUUCCUCCUCCAAACCAGACAUGAUAUCCCAGUUGGAGAGGGAGGAAAAGCUCUGCGUGAAGGACGUGCACGCUCAGAGAGGAGGCAGGAAGCAAAACGAGAAGGAGACUCUACAUGGAGCACAAGUAAGGUGCCUUUCAUUGGGAGAGAUUUCGGGCUGGCAAAUCAAGAGACGUGUUGUGAGCCAAUUAACCAAAGAGCAAGACUCCAAGAUAAAUCUUCCAGGAAAGAGUUCUCAGUUCCCUGAACAGUGUGAUUCCCCCUGUCGGGUGGGAGCAGGAUUAUGUAUUCAGGCUUCCGUGGAAGAUGGCUGUAUAAUGAACCUCAUAGAGGAUCCUUCCAAUGUUCUUGAAAAUCAAGAAUUUCUGGCCGGGAGAGCUCAGAAUUCUUGGAGCAAAAUCUAUCUCAGCCAAAUGCAGAAUUACCAGAGAAGUUGUAAGCAGACGCCGAUGAAAAACCAGUUCUGUAUAUUUGCUCCAUACAUGAACAUCUUCAGUUGUAUCUCCCACCACCGUGACGACGAUAAAGCUCCUGACAGCCAUGGUAAAGACGUCCUCAAGGUGUCCCCACGGGCCCAGCAGACCUACCCCUGCAGUCAGUGCGAGAAAGCAUUCAGUGACGGCCCCAGCCUCGAGCUGCAUCAGCAGGUCCACUCGGGAAGGAAGUCCUCUGUGCACAGCCCACGCGAGAAGGACGCCAGCUACCGCUCAGCCUUGCCCGGUCCGCGAAGCGUCUACACGGAAAAAAAACGCUACUGGUGUCACGAGUGUGGGAAGGGCUUCAGCCAGAGCUCAAACCUGCAGACUCAUCAGAGAGUCCACACAGGGGAGAAGCCCUAUUCGUGCCUUGAGUGUGGGAAGAGCUUUAACCAGACCUCCCAUCUUUAUGCCCAUUUGCCGAUCCACACAGGAGAGAAGCCCUACCGAUGUGAAAGUUGUGGGAAGGGCUUCAGCCGGAGCACGGAUCUGAACAUUCACUGCCGCGUCCACACGGGAGAGAAACCUUACAAGUGUGAGGUGUGCGGGAAGGGCUUCACGCAGAGAUCCCAUCUGCAGGCCCACGAGAGAAUCCACACCGGGGAGAAACCGUAUAAGUGCGGAGACUGUGGGAAGCGCUUUAGUUGUAGCUCAAAUCUGCAUACGCACCAGAGAGUCCACACGGAAGAGAAGCCGUAUAAGUGUGACGAGUGUGGGAAGUGCUUCAGCUUGAGCUUUAAUCUUCACAGCCAUCAACGCGUCCACACGGGAGAGAAACCAUAUAAAUGCGAAGCGUGUGGGAAGGGUUUUAGUUCAGCCUCAAGUUUCCAGAGCCACCAAAGGGUUCACACGGGGGAGAAACCGUUUCGCUGCAAUGUGUGUGGUAAAGGCUUCAGUCAGAGUUCCUAUUUCCAAGCCCAUCAGAGGGUCCACACUGGGGAAAAACCGUACAAAUGUGAGGUGUGUGGGAAGCGCUUCAAUUGGAGCUUGAACCUUCAUAAUCAUCAGCGGGUCCACACCGGAGAGAAACCUUAUAAAUGCGAAGAGUGUGGAAAGGGCUUCAGUCAGGCCUCAAAUCUUCAAGCUCAUCAGAGUGUCCACACGGGGGAGAAACCAUUCAAGUGUGAUGCGUGUCAGAAGCGAUUCAGUCAGGCCUCCCACCUUCAAGCCCAUCAGCGAGUCCACACGGGAGAGAAACCAUAUAAAUGUGACACCUGUGGCAAGGCCUUCAGCCAGCGGUCAAAUCUGCAAGUCCAUCAGAUCAUUCACACCGGAGAGAAACCAUUUAAAUGUGAGGAGUGCGGCAAAGAAUUUAGUUGGAGUGCUGGGCUCAGUGCUCAUCAGAGGGUCCACACCGGAGAGAAACCCUAUACGUGUCAGCAGUGCGGCAAGGGCUUCAGUCAGGCCUCACACUUUCACACCCACCAGAGGGUCCACACUGGAGAAAGGCCGUACAUAUGUGAGGUCUGUUGUAAAGGCUUCAGCCAGAGAUCACAUCUUGUGUACCAUCAGAGAGUCCACACUGCGGGCAACCUGUAGAAAGGUGAGGUGUGCUGUGGCCUUCAGUGAGAGUUUGCAUCUACGUCUCCACUGGAAAAUGGAUGCUAGUAGUCGUAGAAAGUUUCUUCAGAACUCAGAAGCCUCAGGAAUCUUCACGUGCAGGAAGCUUUGUAAAGUGCUCUCUUUUAAGGACAGUUGGGUGCUAAAUUCUUUGCAAAUCAGGUUUCAUAGAGGAGAGAAAACCUAUUCAAGAAAUAUGGUCAGUGUUAUUGCCAGUGUUCUGAAUGUCCCGAUUUCCAAGGUGCAACACAAAAGAAUUUCAAAAUCCAUCCAUGUCUACCCAGGAAAAAGGCCUUAUAAAUGAAAAUUAGGAGCAGGACUUUAACAAAAGUGGAGUGACAGACAAGUAAAAUUAAUGUCCCUGCUUUAUCUCUACUGUGUAGAAGGGCACGUGGCUCAUAAUAGAUGCCCAGCAAUUAUUGGACAAAGUGGAGGACGUUAGGACAGAUACAGUAAAACCUUGCUUCUACGUGUGUCAUACGGGAGCGUAACUCAUUCCAGAAGCUGCUUCAUCCAAAGCACUUGUAGAUCAAAGCCCAUUUCCCCAGAAGAAAUAAUGGAAACUCCGAUGAUUUGUUCCACAACCCAAAAAAUAUGCAUAUAAAAUGAUUACAGCACGGUAAU